AUCCGAGUCUCGGUAUCUGGAGAAGGUUCGAUCCGUGCCAAGAUGACCAGACUAUUGUCUCGCAUCUCCGUGACGGAAUGGGCCCGCAGGAAUGUGCGCGCCGGCUUUACGCAGCAGACCACAUAGUGUAAUCGACGUCUGCUCGACCGAAGGACGGCACACGUGGACAAAGACUGCUCGUACGCCUCGCAGUGAUGCUAUGAGAGACAAAAAUUGAGGCAAAAAAAUCGGACGAAACGUGCAGCUGGUUCCUCCCCGAGAAGCGGAGCAGAUCAUCCACGGCGGGAUUCAAGUUUGGACCUCACCAAGUCCAAAACGACCUUCCCUUCCCAACACAAAGGAUCAUCUUAUAUCUUAAAGCAUCUUCACAGACUCGCAUAGCGAGUCUGUGAGCAGGUGAGAGAGGGACACUGUCUGCCCCACUGUCCAGCGACACCAUGAGCUGGAGCUUCCUCACGCGGCUGCUGGAGGAGAUCCACAACCACUCCACCUUCGUGGGGAAGCUGUGGCUCACCGUGCUCAUCGUCUUCCGCAUCGUCCUCACUGCCGUUGGGGGGGAGUCCAUCUACUACGACGAACAGAGCAAAUUUGUCUGCAACUCGGGCCAGCCGGGCUGCGAGAAUGUCUGCUACGAUGCCUUCGCCCCUCUGUCUCACGUUCGUUUCUGGGUUUUCCAAAUCAUCCUGGUGGCGAUGCCUUCCCUCAUGUACAUGGGCUAUGCCGUCAACAAGAUCGCACGGUUAGACGAAGCAAAAGGGGGAGGUGAGACUGCUCCGGUCAGAACGGGAGGAGGAGGUUACACGCACAGGAAACCCAGGAAAAUGUGCUUCGGAGCUCGACAACACAGAGGAAUCGAGGAGGGCGAGGACGACCAGGAAGACGACCCCAUGAUCUACGAGGUACCGGAGAUGGAGCCGCCGAAACGGCCCAGAGAUCCACUGCAGCCCGCACCCAGACCCAAAGUUCGGCAUGACGGCCGCAAGCGUAUCCGAGAUGAGGGGCUGAUGCGGGUCUAUGUCCUGCAGCUGGUGAGUCGGACGGUGCUGGAGGCGGGCUUCCUCACAGGACAGUAUUUGCUGUACGGUUUCCGUGUGACACCCGUGUACGUGUGCUCAGGGAAUCCGUGUCCCCACAGCGUCGACUGCUUCGUGUCCCGGCCGACAGAGAAAACCAUCUUCCUGCGCAUCAUGUAUGGUGUAACUGUCCUUUGCCUCACUCUUAAUGUGUGGGAGAUGCUCCAUUUGGGUAUUGGCACCAUCUGCGACAUCCUUCGCCGUCGGCGUUGCCCACCUCAAGAGGACGAAUAUCAGUUGGGCUUGUUGAGCAACAAUGGGGGGGUGGAGGGCACGGGUGGGGUUCCGGGGCCUGAGGUAGGUUCUGAGGGAGGGGUGGGGGGAGAUGGCCCUGCAGAUUAUGUGGGCUACCCCUUCUCCUGGAACACCCCGUCAGCUCCACCCGGGUACAACAUUGUUGUGAAACCAGAACAGAUGCCCUACACGGACCUCAGCAACGCUAAGAUGGCAUGCAAGCAGAACCGGGCGAAUAUCGCCCAAGAGGAGCAGCAGCAGUUUGGUAGCAAUGAGGACAAUUUCCCCACUGGGGGAGAGUCCCGCGUCGCGCUCAACAAAGACAUGAUCCAGCAAGCUCACGAGCAGCUGGAGGCGGCGAUCCAGGCCUACAGUCAGCAGCACCGGGCCGAGGAGCAGCUCGGAGACAACCAGGACGACAAGCCCCAGAGUAACAUUAUCCAGGCCCAACCGCCGCCACACUCCCAGCCUCAGAAAGAGCGCAAGCAUAGAGUCAAGCAUGGGAAAGGGGGCAGCAGUGGAGGAUGCAGCAGCAGCAACAGCAGCAGCAGCAAAUCAGUGGAGGGCAAGCCCUCCGUAUGGAUUUAACCCCACACAUAGUGACAUGUUGUAUGAGUAUGUAUAUACGGCAGUUUGGAUGAGGAGCUUCUGCAAUCUCUCUCUCUCUGAUAUUCAAGCACCGCUGUGCCUUUUUAAAAAAAAAAAUCCUGCUAGCUGGAGAACAUGUGUAAAAACAUGAAAAGUUGAUGUUGCAGCUGACAAGUUGUUUUGUCUGGGCUAUCACUCUCUAUCUUGAAGCAUCACACCAACGCCACCUGUAAAGUCCAGAGUUUGCCGUUUACAUGUGACCUUCGUUGUCUUCCUUCCCAUCCUGUCGUAGGGAAUCUGCUUUGGCAAAUCACUGAGUCCUAAUGAGCUUUUCUGGAAAUUAGAUCGACCCCGGAUUGGACUUAGCUCGUUUCAUAUCUGCUCCCGUGCAGAGAAAACAUGGGCGUCCUACGUCCUGGAACAGCAAAACACAAUGACAGCAACAUAAAGUAUCGCUGCAAUACAGGGUGCCAAGUUAUCUCUGUUCACGGUGAGCCGAAGCAAUGAUUGCACAUGGUUAAGGAACAUUCAUUAGAGCUUAAUUGCAAUAACGUGAUUCAGUGGCAGCGACUGAAGUAAUAACGUCAUACUACUGAGAGGAAGAACAUCUCCAUCCUGAACGCUGUGUGCUGUCAGUCCUGUGUUAUGUGCUACAACUUUGCAUACAACUGUGUGUUUUUGUUUUCCUCUGCAAUGUUGGAUGACAGCGCAACACCAGCUGCUACUCAGGAACCGCUGAGUACAGCGGGUGGAUCUCAAAUUUACAGCAAGGUCUAUGAAUAAUCCAGUUUUUGUACGUUAUCCUUCAACUUCUCUGUUCCUCUCCUCGACUGUUCAUGGCUCUUGGAUGCGACAAAGUCAGCGCUUCAGUGUUGCUUCACCUGCCUUGUUGUAGACUGCCCCCUGGUGGUAUCUUCUGUGGGGCUUCAGAUACUACGGAGUAGAUGCCGAUACUACCUGCAUCCAGCAACACCUCAACCAGCUGUACAGUAUUCCUCCUUUUCUACUGACAAGACUUGUGUCACUUAUGUCUUCCCAUCGCUGAGAACAGUAUUAGAUGCACAACGUUGCAAUACGACCACGUUGUAAUGGAAAUAGUCCAUAAUUACUCUUCGGUAAUAUAGUGAGACCAAACACUGUUUGAGUGAUGCAAGUGUCAGUGCCAAGAUUUCCCACUGGGCUGCUAAGACGCCUUGUUGUUUGUAGCUUCGGAAUACUGUGGCCAUGUUACUCCAGCCAUGGAAGUGUGUCUACGUCAGACCAACACUUUUGUAAAAGUCUUUUUUUUUUUGUAUUGCAGACCGUGUAUUACUUUUUUUGGGAUGGGAUUUGGAAUAAGAAACUCCAAAAUGGAGACAAUUUUUAUGUUCAAGCCAGUGUUUUAUAUGAAAACACAACUUUUUUAUGUAAAAUAAAUUAAAAGAAAGCAAGAUCUUUCAAAAAUGAAAUAGCUGUAUGAAUAUUUAUGAGUAUUGUGAUUUAAAUUGCCUUCCAUUUGUAAAAAAAAAAAAAAAAAAAGAAGAAGAAAAAAUGUGAAAUACUACAGUAUAUUUUUAUAACAUGUCAGAUACAGUGUCUAAAGAAAAAAAAGGCCUUCUUUUCCUUGUGUGUCAAAGUGUCAGUAUUUAAGGUAUGUAUUUAAGGUCUGGGCUGAAUUUUAAUAAAAAGUGUUACUCCUUUUACCAA